CUUAAAGCCGGUAUUUAAAAGGUUCUCUGAGCAGCUCUCUGUCAGUACAGAGCACACAGCGACCGGGCUCAAGAACCGCACUUGACAACUCAAUGGUUCUGAUCAACCAUGGAAAACAAAAACAGACCACAAGUACAGGAGAAGCAAGAUCAAGGGAGAGAUGGCAGAGGUGGUAGAGAUAGAUGUGGCAGAAGAGGAGGCGUUGGAGGAGGACCAGGAGGAGAAGACAGAAGGGCAGGUGCAGGGCGAGGACGAAGUGGAGGUGACAGGAGAGGGGGUGCAGGAGGUGCACGAGAUAGAAGUGACAGAGGAGGCACAGGGGGAGGACCAGGUGUUGGUCACAGGGGAGCAGGUCCAGGAGGAUGGACAGGUGGAGGUGACAGAAGAGCAUCAGUAGGUGGAGGUGACAGAUGGGGAGCUGGACAAGGUGGAGGUUACAGAACAGGAGGUGAAAGACGUGGACCAGGUGGAGGUGACAGAAGUGGUAGACAAGGUAGUGAGAGGAGUGUAAGUGAGAGGAGAAGGGACAACAGGGAAAAUCACAGGGUAGAUGCAUCAAGGGAAAGAAAUGGAGCAGAAGGUGCUCAGAGAGGAGAAAGGGGUGCAGGAUUUAGUCAAAGAGGAAGAGGAGCCCAUGUCAGAGCAAGAAGUAGAGAUGGUACCCCUGAGGUACGUAAGCUUGGGUUCAAAGCACUGGAGGAACUACUUGAGAAAGAUGCAUCUGUGGUGGCCAUUACUCUCUCCUCCAAUGUGGGUUUGCAGGCUUUGCUGAGGGAGAAAACUAUGCGUCAAGAUCUCAUACAGCUGCUCUGUCAGGUUCUCUGCAAAGCUUUUCAGUCUAAAAAUGAUCGCAGAAUAGUGCUCCAUUUAGCACAAGUGGUGAAGGACUCUGGCUUCUUCCAAACUGUGCUUCCUUACUAUGUGGCUGGAAUGAUGUCUGAUCAUGUCCCUGCUCGGAGACAGCAGUAUCCACAGCACCUGGACAACAUUAUCAACCUCCUCUCUGGUGUGCUCAGUAUGUUUCCUUCCAGUUCUAUCCGUUCCAUCUCAAUGUUGGUUACUCUCUUGAAACCAGUGAUCAACCAGCUGCGAGCUUCUGGCAUAGACAUUCGAAACACGAUUGAUGAGGAUCUGGAGAAGAUCCAUGGCAUGGUGGAACACCUCCAAGAGAAAGCAAGAGAUGGAACAUUGAGAUCGGACAACUACACAGUUCUCCUUGGAAAUGAUGGUACUCCAGAAGGGGAAGAAGACUUCAGGAAUAUGACCAUCUACCCAACUCCUGAAGAGUUCCACCAGGACCAGAAACCUUUUCUACGGGCCAAUAUAACAUCACAAAGUUUCCCCAGUGUGCAUGUCUACCUGGAUACACAUUUUAGGCUUCUAAGAGAGGACUUUGUGAGGCCAUUACGUGAAGGUAUUAGGGAGUUGCUUCUAAGCCAGCAUGAUGAGAGGUUCUGUGGCGUACCAAUAAGAAAGAAACGCUUUGAUGACAUCAGGGUCUAUUUUGACACUCGACUCGUCAUGCCUUUCUGCACUCCGACAGGCACUGCUUACAGAGUGCAGUUUGACCCACGGCCCCUUGAGUUUGUUCGUUGGGAGAAUUCCAAACGGCUGCUGUAUGGGUCUCUGGUCUGCUUGUCAAUGGACAAUUUCGAAACUUUUCUCUUUGCUACGGUAUCUGACCGUGACCCCAAAGAACUCCAAAAGGGGCAGGUGCAGUUAAAUUUUUCUAGAAACAGCCGAGCUCAACUGGCCACAAUCCAGGCCUCCCAUUCCUUCAUGAUGGUUGAGACCACUGCCUACUUUGAGGCUUACCGCUAUGUCCUGGAGGGGCUUCAGGAACAAGAAGAGGAUGAGCUCCCCUUUAAGAGAUACAUUGUGGAAUGUAACCCAGAAGUCCAUCCACCAGAAUACCUUGUACCACUUUGGGAAACUUAUGAUCUAGCCUGCAUUGCAGCAAAGGGUCAUCAGAACAGUAUGAAACCAUUUAACCCGCUUAACGAUACUGCCUGGCCAACUGAGGAGCAAGUGGGUCUUGAUGAAAGUCAACUCCAAGCACUUAAACUAGCUCUCACCAAGGAGCUGGCUAUCAUCCAGGGUCCACCAGGCACAGGGAAGACACAUGUGGGGCUAAAGAUUGCCAAGGCUCUGUUAAAGAACCGAUUGGUAUGGUCGGCUAAUUCUCCUAUGCUGGUGGUCUGUUACACCAAUCAUGCCCUAGACCAGUUUUUGGAAGGUAUCCACAGUUUUCUGGAGGAGGGGAUUGUGAGGGUUGGUGGCCGCAGUAACAGUGUAACCCUCAAGCGUUUCUCUCUGCGGGAGCUGACUAGGUCGCCAAACUUCCGCAGAGACCUGCCAGGACACCUUAGGAAAGCCUAUUUUGAGAUCCAAAGGGAGAUGCAAGGGGCAGAAACCCUGCUGAAGAAACAGUCAGGUUACCUAGAGUGCAGUAUGCGUGGAGUCAUUAACGAGCACUUCUUGCGGAAGUACAUCUCUAAUGAACACUGGGACAAUCUGCAUAGUCAGCUUGAGAUGGGUGGAUUUGCAAAUGUUGGAAAGAAGCAAUCAGUGAUUAUGGAUUGGCUUUGUCUCGGGGGGUUUCUGCAGCAACCUGCCAGCAGUGAAGGAGAGGCAAAUGAUGACGGGGAGGUAGGAGAGGAUGAGGAACUGUUGGAAAUUGAUGAAGAGGCAGCUCUGAUUGAGGCUGAAAGAAUCCUGGAGGAUGCAGAACCUAAACGCCGAGAUGGCCGUGAACGCAAGAGAGAGGAGGAGACCAUAUCAGAAUUGGCUGAGGUCAUGCUAGCCAUGAACCUACAUCAGGCAGAAGAACAACCUUCACUAAAACAGGAAAAAGGGAAGGCACAUGAACAGGGACAAGGUGAUGAUGAAGGGUGGGAGAUACAGCGUCACCAGAAGAAGAAGAUAAAGCAGAUGGUCCAGAGGGAGUUGGGGAAGAGUGAGGCUAUGAGUGAGGUGGAAGAGCUGCAAGUGUGGAAUGUAUGGCAGCUUAACAUAAAAGACAGAUGGAGACUUUACCGCCUCUGGGUGUUGCGGUAUCAGAUUGACCUUCGUGGGAAAGCUCUUCAGGCUGAACAAGUCUAUCAGGAUGCUGCAGAGCGCCUGGCUGAAAUCCGCCGCCGCGAGGAUCUGUGUGUGCUUCAACAUGCCCAAGUCAUUGGCAUGACCACCACAGGGGCAGCAAAAUACCGACAGGUUUUGCAGGAGCUCAAGCCAAGGCUGGUGAUUGUGGAGGAGGCAGCUGAAGUGUUGGAAGCUCAUACUAUUACCACACUCAGCCGAGACUGCAAGCACCUCAUUCUGAUUGGAGAUCAUCAACAGCUUAGGCCUAGUGCCACAGUGUAUGAGCUAGCCAAAAAUUUCAACCUCGAGGUGUCGAUGUUUGAGAGGCUUGUCAAAGUGGGAUUUCCUUUUGUCAGACUCAACUACCAGCAUCGUAUGAGACCGGAUAUUGCUCGUCUUUUGACUCCUCAUAUCUACUCAGAGCUGGAAAACCAUGCUUCUGUAUUUGAGUAUGAAAACAUCAAGGGAAUUCUCACGAACAUGUUCUUCAUUGACCACAAAUCCCAUGAGGAGGAAAUAAAGGAUGGACGAAGUCAUCAAAACUUUCACGAAGCGCGCUUUGUGGUAGAACUCUGUCGGUACUUGUUGCGUCAGGAUUAUCAGCCCUCUCAGAUCACCAUCCUCACCACUUACACUGGGCAACUAUAUUGUUUACGUAAGCUCAUGCCCUCAGCUGAAUUUUCAGGGGUCAAAGUUCAUGUCGUUGAUAAAUAUCAAGGUGAGGAGAAUGAUAUUGUCAUAUUGUCUUUGGUACGCAGUAAUCAGGAGGGCAAUGUAGGGUUUUUAAAAAUUCCAAACCGUGUUUGUGUGGCACUUUCUCGGGCUAAGAUGGGAUUAUACUGCCUUGGAAACAUGGAAAUGUUUAGCAAGGUGACGCUGUGGAGUAAUAUACUUCACACACUAAGGGAGAAAGGUCAGGUGGGACGCUUUUUGACACUGAGCUGUCAGAAUCAUCCAGAAACCCAAACCCUGGUGUCAUCUUCAAAAGACUUUUCAAAGGUACCUGAGGGUGGGUGCAACAAGCCCUGUGAGUACCGCUUGGACUGUGGCCACGUAUGCAUUCGCAUGUGCCAUCCUUAUGAUGCUGACCACAAGAAAUAUAAGUGUAAUAAGGACUGCCCCAAAGUGCUGUGUGAGCUUGGACACACAUGUCCUAGACGUUGCCAUCAGAAGUGUGGUAAAUGUGAGGUACGUGUAGAGAAGGUUGUACCAAAAUGCCAGCACAAGCAGAAAAUGGCCUGUCAUCAAGCUCCAGAAACAUUCAUCUGCAGGGAGCCUUGUCAGAAAAAGCUGACAUGUGGACACACAUGCCAGGCAAGCUGUGGUGAACCAUGCACUGUAAAAUGCAAAGUAAAAAUUUCUAUGGUGCUAAAAUGUGGACAUACUCAAAAAGAACCAUGCAGCUCCUCGCAGGACUUUCUAAAUCAGCCAGCCUGCAGAACCCGAUGUGUCACAGUCCUGAAUUGUGGACAUGCUUGCACUGGGACUUGCCACACAUGCCACCAGGGUCGCCUCCACAAAGCUUGUGGACAUGCAUGCCAGCGUGUUCUUCCCUGCUCACACAAAUGCCAUGUGCCAUGCCCAAAAAGCUGCCCACCGUGUACCCUCCCUUGUCAAAAUCGCUGUGUUCACAGUAUCUGCAUGAGAAAAUGUGGACAGCCCUGUGUCCCUUGCAUGGAACCCUGUGAGUGGCAAUGUCCUCAUCAGAAGUGUAGCAAACUCUGCCAUGAACCAUGUGACCGUCCACCAUGUUUAAGGAAAUGUGAAAAGUUAUUGCCCUGUCGACAUCCUUGUAUAGGUCUUUGUGGAGACCCUUGCCCAGAUAAGUGUCGCAUAUGCCAUCGUGAUGAUGUGAUUGAGAUCUUCUUUGGUAAUGAAGAUGAGCCAGAUGCAUGCUUUAUACAGCUAGAGGACUGCAAGCAUGUCAUUGAGUCUACUGGCAUGGACCAAUACAUGGGCAUGGAUGAGGAUGAGAAAGCUGACCUAGAUCAGCGAGCUAUCCGGCUGAAAGAGUGUCCCAGAUGUCGAACCCCCAUUCGUAGAAACGUGCGCUAUGGUGCCCAUAUCAACCGCAGCCUGGCAGAAAUCGAAAAGGUCAAGGAACAGAUCAAUGGACUGCAGUCUGACAUUGAGUAUAAGAAAAAUGAACUUCAGUUGCUUUUGAAAAGGAAUGUCUUUUUUAAGGAACAACUUCCUGAAGAGUACAAAAUGAUCACUAAGAGGCUUCAGGAGUCUGGCUUAACCCUUCUAGACCUCUGGCAACAGGAGAACUUGAUAAUAUUCCUGGAAAAACUUGGGAAGCUAAUAAAGACUAAAAAAGAAUACAUGUCCUCAUUAAUGUUUGAUGAAUUCUCAGUGCGUAUUAAGGACUGCCUCAGAUUCCUGCUUGAUUCAUCCCAGAGAUUCUCUGAUCAGCAGAAGGAUGAUAUAGAACGUGAAAUGAGGAGGCUUUCCUACCUGGCUGAUCUCAAUGUCCGUUGUAGUAGGGCCCAAUACACUGUGCUGGCGGUACAAGUCAAUGCACAGGUCUUACAGGCAAGACAGAUCCUGGAGGACACAACGCCCUUCACUGAAAAUGAUGAAGACAAAGUGAAGGAGAUUUUUAAAGAGCUGGAAAAUAAACUUCCACGCAGUGGCUUGGGUAUCAAUAAUGAAGAAAGAGUGAUGAUUGUUAAAGCCAUGGCUCUCUCACAGGGACACUGGUAUAAGUGUCCUAAUGGGCAUGUAUAUGCUAUUGGAGAUUGUGGGGGUGCCAUGGAACGAAGCCAGUGUCCUGAAUGCAAAGCUACUAUUGGUGGAACCAACCAUACUCUCACUGAGGGUAAUAAUCUAGCCAGUGAAAUGGAUGGAGCACAACAUGCUGCUUGGUCAGAUGCUGCUAAUUUGAUUAAUUUUAACCAAAUGGACAUGUAAAACAUUUUGUCCACUUUACAAUGAAAUAGGAUUGCUAUUUUAUGCAUGCAAACAAAAAAGCUGUGUAAAAUUAUUUUAAAAAAUUGCUCUUUCUCUAGAAUGUAAGCACUAUACAUAUACUGUAUCUACCAAUGUAAUGCACCUUUUUAGUUUAGAACCACAUUAGACAUCCUGUAGAUAAAUGCCUGUUCUAAUUAAUUUGAUGUCUAGCACAGAAUUUUCAUUCUUUUUUGUUUACCAGUAGGGGGCAGGAGUGUACCGAUAAAAAUACCUUUUCUAGGCUAAAAUGAAAUACCAAAAAUAUAUUGUUGCAUAUGUUGAUACCUGUGUGUGUGUGUGUGUGUGUGUGUGUGUGUGUGUUUGAGGCUUUGUAAUAAUUUCCCUAUUUCAUUUAUUUUUUCAAAACUUGUACUGUCAUGACUAAUAUUACUCCCCCACUUAUUCAUACUAUAUGCUCAGUCAGUGCUGUAAACUAUGUACCUGGUGUGCAUUCAUUGGCUUUUUGAGCCUCACAGAUUUACUAUAUCAUAAAGUGGCAAGGCAAGGUCAGCAAAUUUAUCUUACCCUCUGAGAAAACAUUGCAGCGCUUCCAUUUAACCUGCUUUGUGAAAGUGUGUAUCAGUUUAUUACAUGAUAAAUGUAGCCUUUUCACAGUAUGAACUCAAAUGCAAACUCGUGCAGUUUUCAGGGGGGAAAAACCCUGGGAGGGCAGAAAAAAAAGGUUGUGUCAGAAAAUAAGGAAAAAACAAGCCUACAAAUGGUUUUGUCAAUGUUUAUGACACAUGUUUUAGAGGCAGGUCAAAAAAAGUAAAAAAAAAAACCCACAAUAAAAAGAAGUUAUAAUAUC